UUUGUAGCACGACAAUGGCAGAGUAGCCACAGCAUCAUCAUCAUCGUCAUUAACAUUAGCAUUUUGUGCCCAAAAAAUGGUGUGUAUGUGCGCGCCAGUGUGAUAGAAAAUUGAGUGUAUAAAAGGUGUAGAGUGAGAACGUGUUAUAUUGCAACGCAAAUCAAGGAUGAGAUGCCAAAAUUAAUACACGAAAACGGAAUAACAAGAAACGCAACAACAACAACAAAGAAACAACAAAAUCAAAAUUCCCUUUUGUAUGGCAUUUCGAAUGUGUAAUAAAUCAGUGGUAACGUAGUCGCGCGCAUGCAAUUUACCAAUUUUUCUCAAUGUUGUUUGUUUGAUUAUAAACAAUUGAAAACGUAUCACAUUUACAAAAAGAAGAAAACCAAAGUCAAUCGAGAGAAAAAAAAAAACCAACAAAUCAAUUAUAAUCAGCAAUUACAAGAAAAGAGAAAAAAUAUUCUAAAAUACAAAGCCAAAGAGAUAAAGAAUUUGCAAAACUAUUGUACAAUAAUAUUGAGUUUAAAAAAAGAACUAGAGUGUGCCAAAAUACUGUACAUCUGACAUUUGUGAAGCAUCACUCAUUUUUUGUUAUAUAUAUUGUUUAAUUUAAUAUAUACAUAUAUAUUGUGGUGGUAAAUUAAAUCACACAGUGCAUCGGUAGCAGCAUCAAAUCCAUUGUUUCAACCAUCUCGUGUUUCGUUUGUGUGUCGUAUUUCGUAUCGCGUUCAUUUAACUAUCGCGCGUCAUCAGGGUAAAAACAUAAAAGAAUACAACCGUUUUUUUUUGUUCGAAUUUCUCAAUAUCUCUUUAAUAACCCGAUAAAUGCGAUUUAAAAAAUGAAAAAAUUGUAAUUAAAAAUAGAAAGAGCGCCUUUUGUUGCCAUUGUUCAAAAAUUGCUUGCAGUUUGCAUUGAUAGAUCUGGAUGUUUGGCGUGUGUAUUGAAAACGAAAGUGAAUUUGCGCCAUUGUCAAUGAGAAAAGUCGCACACAUUGAGUGUGAAGUGUAAGUGUGUUGUAAUUAAGAAUUAGGCCGAACAAACGAAAUUCAAGAUAUUCCAGAAAGAAAGAGAAACCAGAUUGACCAAAAACAACAAAAUAAAUAAACAAUAAAAAAAAGAUGGCAUUUAACAUUAACGAUACUGCAAAUAAUCUUGUGAAUCAUCUUAACAAUAGCAUAAAUAGUAUGGAUCUCGGUAAUAUUGCUGCCACUCCGUCACCACCAGUGACAAAUGGCAAAAAGAAGCGUUCGUAUGAUUUUCAAAAUCGUAAAAUUCGACGACGCAUUUGGCAAGAGGAAGAAGUGCAUAAAUUAAUAUGCGUUUGGGCAACUCGAUUGGAUGAUUUGCGUCAAUCGAAGAAAAAUCGUCACAUUUAUGAAGAAAUCAGCGAUGAAUUAAAUAGCAUGGGUUUGGACACAAUACGCGAAGAGGUCCACAUAAAAAUUCAAAAUUUAUCACAAUUGUAUCGAAACGAGAAGCGACGCAUCGAAUCAACGGGCGAAGCACCGACUUGGCAAUACUACCAUGAAGUUGAUGAAUUACUCGGAUCGCACAACGACAGUUCGCUUGAUUUAUCCAACUUAGAUGAAAGCCAUGUCGCCAACAAUACAUCGUCAAUCAAAGACGAAGUUGUAUCGAUUGGUGAUUCUGGUAGCGAUAAUGAUACAGAUGAAAAUCGACAUUCAUCGAAUGAAAAUCACAACAACAAAAAUGGAUACGACCAUCAUGUAAUGAAAAAGCUUAAAACGGAGUAUGCAAGUGAUACAAUGUCGCAUUAUACAGUUGCAGCAACGGUGGCCAAUCGACGAUCACCGGCCGUUUCAUCAACGCCAUACAAUAAUAUGUCAUCAUCAUCGUCAUCAUCGUCAAAUAAAAUGAUUUCAAUUACAAAACCGCAAGCAACCUCAAGCAAUUCAUGUGAACGUAAAUCAUUGCCAGUCAAUUCAUCGUUGGAUGCCUUAUUGCAAGCAAUUGAGAGCGCAUCCGCUAUAAAUGAUGCAAAUCUCACACCAAACAAUGUUCAAUUAGAAAUUUUGAGGGAAGUACGAAAAGCAAAUGCAAUGGCUGAAUUGGAACGACGUGAAGCAAAAGUCUUACAUCAGGAAAUGAAAGAUUUGGAGGAGCAACGUUUUAAAUUAACACAAAUGUUUAUUGAACGUAGUCUUGCGCUUCAAAAACAAAUGCUCGACAGUUUACGUUUGCUUAAUAAUCGUUCGGGUAAAGCAUCGUGUAACGGCGGCAGUGGCAACACCACUGUCUCUUCAAAUGAUAAUUCAUUUAAAUUUUCAUCACGUCAACAAUCCAAUCGGCCACAAUUCAUUCUAACCAAAAAGAAGAAAAGCAAUUCGCACGCUCAAUCGUCGAAACAUGAAACAGUUUCAGCAUCAUGAACGUAAACCAAUAUUAGGGACGGUCGCUUUAUUUUUUCGAUAUGAAAAAUGAACAUAGUAGAGUUUUUAAUAUAUUUAAAAUGCCAAAAUUCACAUUCUGAUUGAUUUGAUUUUUUUCUUCUUCCGAAAGCAUUUCAUUUAGUAUAUCUAGUAAGGAAAUUAGGUUUUUUUUCGUGUAUUUUGUUAUACAAUAUAUUUUUUUCAUAAUUGUCUCGAUUUUACAUUCCAUUCCCAUUUUUUUUUUCUAUCAAUCUCCUUAGAUUUUAUCGAGUUUUAAUAAAAGACAAACAGAUUGUAACUUAAUCAACACCUAAGAAUGAAAUAAAUCAGUUUUUGAUUAAAUAAA